AUGGUCGAUUCCAUCAGGAAAAAAUACACUCUGUACACAAAGCAUGUGUAUUUGUUGUUGGUGCUGUUGGUGAUUGUUGGAUGUUGUCUUGUGGAUGCAUCAGAAAAAUAUCGGAUUUCAACAGUUUAUACAUCUAGUCUAUACCCAAUAUCAAGCCUGGCAUUUGAAAGCAAGAAUAAAACCAGUUAUUUCUUGCAGAACGGAUAUGAAUUUAAGGGGCUACAAGCUGUUGAUCAUACCACAGAUAAUGCUUAUUCUCUUGAUAUUUAUCAACCCAUGAUUCAUAACAUCACAAGUGGAAGUAGAACAAAUUAUGCAAAUGAUAACAUGUUAAGAGAUUUUCGAAUCAAUUUUAUUUAUUGUAAAAGUACUCUCUUCUUAAAUAUUAAUAAGAUAUCAAUUGGAAGUGAUAACCAAAUUAUUACAAUUCUUGGAAAUGGUACCCAAGGAGAAACCCCGGAUGGAAUUAUAUCUGAAAACUCUUUAAUUGGAGCAACUUCCUUAGCAAUAGAUCAGUCGAAUGGAGAUAUAUACUUUAUAGAAAAUCAAUUCAAUAUUAGAAAAUUAUCACAACUAACAUGUGAGGACGGGAUUUGUGACAAAGACCCAGAAGGAGGAAAUGCUUCCAGCUUAAUAUCUUGUUUUGGAAUUCAAUCUUCAGAGCCACUUGUUUGUAGUGGAAAUGGUUAUUGCGCGAAACCAAAUGAAUGCUCUUGCAAAGCUGGUUUUAUUGGAGAACAAUGUCAGUCUGGACCUGUGUAUCUAUCUUCUGAGAUUGAUUGUACAGACUCUAUUAACUUUUUUAUUUGCGGCUUUCCAAUUUGUUUUGGAAUUCAAUCUUCAGAUCCAUUUGUUUGCAGUGGAAAUGGUUAUUGCGCGAAACCAAAUGUAUGUACUUGCAAAGCUGGUUUUAUUGGAGCACAAUGUCAAUCUGUGUUUUUAAAUGCAACCAUAGUAGUGUAUGAAUCACCCUUACUAAUUUGUUUUGGAAUUCAGUCCUCAGAUCCACUUGUUUGCAGUGGAAACGGUAAUUGUACACUACCUAACAAAUGUGCUUGUAAACCUGGAUUUCUUGGAUCAGCGUGUCAAGAAGUUGAUAUUUCACUAACAAAUUCUUUAAUCAACACUACAAGUAACAGUACUACUUCUUCGAUAACAGUCAUUGGUUCAACAAUUACAAAAAGAGCAUCAGAUGAUGUUAUUGGUGUAUAUUUGUUCCAAACCACAAACACCCAAUUCUGCAAUGAAGCUUCUUUAGAAGCUCAACAGGAUGCAGAUAAUGAUUUUAAACUCUUUUUCUUCCACUCCCCUAGUGAUAUUUAUGACAUGUUCCUAGCCUCAUUCGACCUUAAUAGUAUUGUGAGUGGUGAAUCUCCAUUCAAUGAUGAAUUAACUGUUUUAGAUUGCUCUGUUCCAAGUAAUACUUCAAUUCUUAAUUCCACCCAAUUUAAUUCUACGUUCAGAAUUAAUAGUACAACUAAUUCAACAUUUGGAAAUUCAACUAAUGUUUCCUCAAUUAAUAAUACCCUUAAUUCAACACAAUCAAUGAAUCAUUCCACAAUAUUUAAUACUACCUCCCUAACCUCUAAUUCCACCCAGCAUUUUACAAACGCAUCAUAUAGUAAUUUGACACAGAGUAAUACUUCUAUUACCGUAAAUAGCACUAAUUUCGAGAAUACUAUUUCCAACCAAACCAACACUAACAUUUCAUUAUUGAACGGGACAUUGGGUGUUUCGAAUACGAAUACCAGUCUAAAUUCCACUUUCAAUAAUUCCUCUUUGAACACAAAUUCAAGCUCAACACAUGAAGAGCCAGGUAAUUUUACUGUCUUCAGCAAUACAACAAGUACAAGUGAUAACUCAUCCCAGUCAACUAACUCAACGUUCAACUCAACUACUGUAUCGGACAGCAAUUCCAUUGUUUCUUCAAAUACUUCGAGUAAUGUAACUACUAUUGAUGGUUUUAAUUCAACUCAACCCACUUCUUUAAACACAAACUCAACCAAUGUUACAAACACAUCAGUCAGUAAUACCACAGUAGUUAUGAAUACUUCCAAUUUUGAAAACACGUCAUUUUCAAAUAGUUCAAUUGAGAAUUCAAAUACUACCUCAAUUGAAAAUAAUAUCAACACUCUUAAUGGUACUGACCGUACUAAUUUAACUCUUGAAAAUUCAAAUGCCACAACUCUUAAUUCCACUCUAUAUACUUCUUCUUCAGUCGGUAAUAUAACCGAGAGUAAUAAUACUAUUUUUGCAAAUACCUCAAUUGAAAAUUCAAAUACUUCCUCAAUUGAUCUCAACACCACUCUUAAUGGUACUACAUCUGACAGGACUAAUUCAACUGUUGAACAUUCAAAUGCCACAACCAUUAACAAUACUCUUAAUUCAACUCUUGAUAAUUCUUCAGUCGGUAAUAUAACUGAGAAUUCAAAUACUUCCUCAAUUGAAAAUAAGCUCAACUCCACUCUUAAUACGACCACAAACGAUACUAAAGCAAUUUCUAACGAAACUGUUGAUAAUUCCACUGAAUCAAAUUCCACAGAAACCCUGAACUCUACAAUUUUUCAUUCUAAUAAUCUAACAAUUGAAAAUGCCAAUGUAACUGGAAAUAAUCUUUCAAACAUUAAUUCAUCACUUAUUAAUAACAUUACAACAGACAAUACUAAUGACACCCUUAGUACAAAUCAAACAAUUUCCUUUAACAAUACCAGUGGUAUUGGAUGUAGAGAAGGAUAUUACGGAGCUAAUUGUUCAUUACCUAUUUGUUUCGGUAUUUUAUCUGAGGAUCCAAAUGUUUGCAAUGGAACCGGUAACUGUACGAAACCUAACUAUUGUGAAAAUAAGACAUCCCAUGAGAUACCUUUAACAGUCCCUAAUGCUAACUAUACAUUAGUCGACAGUGUUUACGCAGAGAUAACUCCAAGUUUUGAUGGUGUAACUUUCAAGCUAUUUGCUCCUGCUACCUACACUUCCAAUUCAAUUUCAUGUUCAAAUCUUAUACAUUCAGACGAUGUGUCAAUUUUUGGAACAGAACCUAAAUGUUUCUGGACAAACAAGACAAAUUCCAAUUUCAAGAUUCAAUUUGAUUAUGAUUUCAAGCUAGAUGCAAACUUGAGCUUUAGAUUAAAUACUAAUGUUUUCUUAAAGAAAACUAAAAAACGAGCACUCAAUGAUUAUACACGAAUGUACAUUAUCAUUCCAAAUACUCUACAAAGUCCUGUAGCAAAAAUUAAAUCCACAAAGAAGGUUUACUUUGUCAAUGAGGACAUUUAUAUUAGUGGAGCUAAUAGUUAUUCUGGUGACAAGAAGGAAUUGGAAUAUUAUUGGAAUAUUGAAGGAAAUUCAAUUCCUAUCUCUGUAUUUUCUGCAAUAAGUUCUUCCAAAGGAUCAUCUAUUAAGGUUGAGAGGGGAAUUUUAAGACAAGGCGUUUACAAUGUUUCAUUGAUUGUGAAAAGUAAGGCAACUAGCCAAGUGAGCUCAGUUGAGUACCUAAGUUUCGAAAUUCAAGAAGUUGAGCUUCCAGCAGUUUCUAUCAUUGGAGAAAAGGAAGUUUCAUACAAGUCAAUUAGCAAGCUAGUUACUAUCAAAAAGACAGCUUUUGUACCUUCUUACUUGAUAGGUCAACAAGUUAAUAUUGACUGGGAACAAGUUAGUGGACCAUCCCUUAAAUUCAGAAAAGAUUCCAAAAACAAUUUGAUUAUUGACAAGUUCCCAAGUGGACAAUGGAAGUUUAUUUUCAAGGUUUCAAUAGUGGCUGCUAAUAAUCAAGCAAAUAGUGAUUCUAUUAUCGUCAAUACAAUUCAGCCUGAUCUAUUGUUAUCGCUGUCACUGAAGGAAUCAUCAUCUCUGAGUAACAGUAUUCAAGUUAAUUAUGUCGACCCUGAAAGUAACUUGGAUGAAAAGGAAGUUUGGCAAUGGAAUUGUGUCAAUUCAGAAUCUAAUGGUUAUUGUGGGAGCAGUGCAAGUGGUAAAUUGACUCAGUAUUCCCUUGAUCAGUCAACUUUGAUAAUUAUGAAAAAGGAAGACUUUGUCUCUUUGGAAAAACCAAAAUUCACACUAACAAUUACAAAAGGUGAAAGACAAGUUUCAGCUUCCAUAACUUUGAAUAUUGUUCAUUCUCCACCAAUUGUAAAAGUUAUUAAUGUUUCUCCUGCUUCUAAAUCCAUAGUAAAGGGAAAUGAUAAGAUUUCGAUUGAGGUAAUUCAUUCAGAGCGAGAUGUUUCAGAUUCUUCAAUGCUUCUUAAAACUCAAUGGAAAAUAGAUGGAUUUAUUUUAUAUGAGAGUGUUAGUUCAGCAUCAGAUGCUAUUUCAACAGCAGCAGCUUCUCCUUUUUCAAGUUACGCAAAGAUUGUUAACAACAAAGAACAAAGUGGAAUUAUUAUUGAUGUCAGUGGUUUGGAAGAAGGUAUUGAUCAUUCCGUUCAAUUUUUGGUUUCAUUUGUUAAACAGCAAAGUGGCUCUAAUGAGUUGAUUGAAAUUUCUCUAUCUGAAAGCACUUUUAGUUACUUUAAGGCAUCCAAACCAAAGAAGUGUCCAUGUUCAGUCAUUCCUUCAGCUGGUUUCUCAAUGACGACUGAUUUUACCUUGACGUGUCAAAACUGUCAAAAUGAAGCCAACACCAUUCAAAUUAAGCAAGGCUACAUUGAUGCGGAAAGUGGAAUUAAAGUUGGAAUUACUCUGACCCCAGAAGGCACCUUCAAAUUACCAGCAAUGAACCAUGAAAUAGUUAAUUUGUAUAUUGAACUAAUAGAUUCAGCAACUGGAGAAUCAAGAAUAAUGUAUUCAAAUGUCACUGUUACAAGUAUUAUUGUAUCAUCAAUAAGUGAAAUAUUUAAGCAAGUUACCAAUCAAACAAAUAUUAUCAAGACAUCUUUCAUUCAAGACGGAGAUGCAUCUCAAAGUAUCUCUCAAACAAUUAACACAAUUGUUUCAGCAACUCAAAUGUUAAAAACGCUACCUCAAGAUCAACAAGACUCCACAAUUGUAUCUCAAAUUCAAACUCAACUUCUAGAUACCUUGACAAGUGCUAUUGAAACUAUUUCAGAAGAAACAAUAUCUGAAUCAACUUCUUCAAUUAUCGUUUAUGCCCUUCACUCGAUGGUAAAUAAGGAAGAAAAACUGGGACAAAACAUUAUUGACAAGUCCUUUACCAUUCUUGACAAUGUAGUUAAUCAAGCAAUCAAGAGUGAAAUAGAAAUUUCAACUCAGAGGGUUUUGGGGUUGGGUUUGGGUAUGGCGAAAACCCAUUACCAUUUUAUUAAUGGCCAAUAUUUAAAACUUGGAUCUUAUAUAUGUUAA